AUGGCCCCAGCACUCGAAUACGCACCUCUCAACACCGCACUAGUCGGCCCAGUCAUAGCCCUAGCGUUAUGGACAUUCUUCAUGGAACUCUGGAUGUACUCCUAUCGAAUCCCAGACCUGGAAAAGUACAAAGUCAAAGUCUCUCCCACCAUGACGGUAGAAGAUAUGAAUCGCCCGAUCCCUCGGCAUCGUCAAUGGCCUGCUGAUAACUAUAACCAUUUGCACGAACAGCCUACUGUUUUCUAUGCCGUGGCUCUUGCUUUGACGUUCUUGCAAGCUGUUGAUGGGACGAGCUCGACGCUCGCUUGGGCGUAUGUUGGUGCGAGGGUUGUGCAUUCUUUGGUGCAGGCGAGUACGAAUGUUAUUAUGACGAGGUUCUCGCUCUUUGCGCUUUCGAGCUUGUUGCUUUUCGGGUUGACGUUGAAGGGAGCGUUGGUGGCUUUCUUCUGA